AUGUCCGAUACCAACAUAUCCCCUCCGUCAUACCAGCAGAAAGACCCGGGCAAAAAUGAAAUCGAUUCCCUGCAACCGACAGUGAGCAGCGAGGAGCCCCGUGUGGGAGAGUUAGAGGAGACGAAGAAUGGCCAAUUCCAUCGUUCUUUCUCUCCUCGUCAGGUUCAUAUUAUUUCCCUAGGAUCCAAUAUCGGCAGUGGAGUGUUCAUUGCCACUGGCAAGGCUCUCGCCACGGGAGGCCCUGCUAAUAUGGUGAUCGCAUAUACCAUGGUCUGCACCUGUGUUUGGGCCGUUCUCCAGUCGCUAUCGGAGAUGACCAUCGCCUUUCCCGUCUCUGGAAACUACAUCGACUAUGCCGAUCGCUGGGUUGACCCCGCUUUGGCGUUUGGUGCUGGGUUUGCGGAGUGGUUAGGGUGGACGGCGAUCGUUGCUUCCGAGGCAGGUUUCUUCAAUGUCUUGGUUCAAUAUUGGUCAGAAGGCUCCGUGCCACUGGCUGCUACUAUCUCCAUCUUCCUGUUCGCCUGCUUGAUCAUCUUCACCCUUCCAAACAAGUUCUUCGCUUGGUUCGAGUACGUGACUUCGAUGAUCAAGAUCGUGGUCUUCCUCAUCAUAAUCGUUGUAUCACUAGCCUUGGUUCUUGGCGCUGGUCCUCAGGGCUACAUGCAUCAUGGAGACACAUGGACUGAUUUUCCGCCGUUCCUAAAUGGAUUUUCAGGCUUCGCAAACUGCGCUCUCCUAGCCGUCUGGGCUGUCGGAGAUCAAGUCUUCAUCGGUGUCAUGGGAGGCGAAGCCGAAAGUCCCCGUUUCUCAAUGGCACACGCUACAAAGCUUGUUCCCUUCCGAGUCAACUUUAUCUACGUGAUCAGUGUCGUGUUUAUUACACUUCUCGUUCCAUCCAACGACGAUCGACUCCUCGGUGGUAGCGGAGUUGCAGCCUCGCCCUUUAUCAUCGCAGUCCAAGACUCCGGUAUCCCUGGAAUUGCUUCAAUUUUGAAUGCUGGGAUGAUGUGUGGUGUUCUUGCAAUCGCCACUGAAGCUAUUUAUCUUUGUUCGCGAGUGCUGAGAACAAUGGCUCAUCAAAAGCUCGUUUGGGAGGGCCUUGCGCGGGUUGAUGACAUGGGCCGACCAAGGCUUUCGCUGAUUAUUACUUCGGUCGUUGCUGUCGUCCUUGCAUAUAUUCAAAUUGCGGCCGGCGGCUUAACCGUAUUGAACUGGCUUAUCUCAAUUACUAGUGCCUCGUUCUUCGCCAACUGGAUGAUCAUAUCCUUUGUGAACUGGAAAUUCCAUCGUGCAAUCAAGGCACAGAAUGACCCCCUUUUCACAGAGAUAUAUGCUUGGAGAUCAUCAUUCUGGCCACUGGCGCCCGCAUGGCUCAUGCUGAUAUCCUUAUUCCUACUGGUCUGCUGCGUCUACCUAGGAGUCCGGCCUCCAGGUGUUGACACCUUCUCCGUAUCUAAUUUCUUCCAGUAUCUUCUUGGCCUUCUGCUGAUUUUCGGAUUUACCAUCGGAUACAAGAUUAUUUUCAGAACGCCAUGGCGCAAUUCAAAGACUGCGGAUCUUACUACCGGUCGUCGACCGCUGAGCGCUGAUGAGAUUUCUAUGCUGGACAACUACUACCGGCAACCUGCUUGGAGAAGGUUCCUUACCUAUGUACAAUUAUGGUAG